AUUGAGCUCCUCCACCCGAUCGGGAAGUGGCGGGCGGAGUCCCGGGUCGAGUCGCCGCCUCAGCCACCGUCGCCGCCGCCAGUGGCGAGACCCCGACCUGGCAGGUCCCCGCUGGGCGUGCGUGCGGGCAGGCGGGGGCGCUGACGAGGAACAGGAAAAGGCUGCCGUGCCGGCGUGGGCGGCUGGUCGAGGCUGAGGCGCAGGGAGGCGGUGGCGAGUCGCGCGGGGCUUCCCUAAUCACUCAGCAUUAUGGAUCCAAGCCUGUUGAGAGAAAGGGAGCUGUUCAGAAAACGAGCUCUUACCACUCCUGUAGUAGAAAAACGUUCAGUGUCUUCUGAGUCAUCAUCGUCAUCAUCUAAGAAGAAGAAAACAAAGGUCGAACAUGGAGGAUCAUCAGGCUCUAAACAAAAUUCUGAUCAUAGCAAUGGAACAUUUAACUUGAAAGCUCUAUCAGGAAGCUCUGGAUAUAAGUUUGGUGUUCUUGCUAAGAUUGUGAAUUACAUGAAGACACGGCAUCAGCGAGGAGAUACGCAUCCUCUAACCUUAGAUGAAAUUUUGGAUGAAACACAGCAUUUAGAUAUUGGACUCAAGCAGAAACAAUGGCUAAUGACUGAGGCUUUAGUCAACAAUCCCAAAAUUGAAGUAAUAGAUGGGAAGUAUGCUUUCAAGCCCAAGUACAACGUGAGAGAUAAGAAGGCCCUACUCAGGCUCUUAGAUCAGCAUGACCAGCGAGGAUUAGGAGGAAUUCUUUUAGAAGACAUAGAAGAAGCACUGCCCAAUUCCCAGAAAGCUGUCAAGGCUUUGGGGGACCAGAUAUUAUUUGUAAAUCGUCCUGAUAAGAAGAAAAUACUUUUCUUCAAUGAUAAGAGCUGUCAGUUUUCUGUGGAUGAAGAAUUUCAGAAACUGUGGAGAAGUGUCACUGUGGAUUCCAUGGACGAGGAGAAAAUUGAAGAAUAUCUGAAGCGACAGGGUAUUUCUUCCAUGCAGGAAUCUGGACCAAAGAAAGUGGCCCCUAUUCAAAGAAGGAAAAAGCCUGCUUCACAGAAAAAGCGACGUUUUAAGACUCAUAACGAACACUUGGCCGGAGUGCUGAAGGAUUACUCUGACAUUACUUCUGGCAAGUAGGGAACAGUUUUGCCCUGGAACAGAGUCACGGAUACACAAUCAAGGGCACUCUUGCUGAUGCUCUGGGUCUGAAGACAGUCUUCUCAUCAGCUUCUUACAACUGAGGAGAGGAGCAGUUCAGUUUACAGAACAAGUGCAAAUUACCAAACUCGAAGCAUAUAUGAGUAGAAUGGGCUCACGGGAACUGUGAUGUUCCCUCUUAACCUUCUGUAACUCCCUGGGAGAAAGACAUUGAGCGUGGCAUGCAGGUGUCUUGGCUGUAUUUUUCUCCACUUCUAAAUGGUUCCUUUCUUCCUCAUUUGUUACUUUAGCGCAAGUUUGCCCAUAGUCUUGAAUGCAAUAUUUGUUUAUUCCAAAAGAACAUAUUUAUAAUAAAAUCAUUGUAGAAGGAUUUUUAA